UUUGUCCACAGACACCAACAGAACAGACCAAAGUCAGAGAUUCCUAGUGGUCAGUCUGCCCAGAGUCAUCAACCAGACCUGCCCGCUAUACUAAAAUCACUUGAAGAAAAUUCCAUCAGAUUUGUGAAGAAUGAGUUGAAGAAUAUCAACAGGAUUCUAAGUUAUGAGGGUUCAGAUCACCCAGUAUUCUUCGGGAGUCAGACAGAGGAUAAAGAUGUGGAUAAGCCCGAGAGGAUUGCCCGAGAGGGUGCUCUGGACAUCACACUGUACAUUUUGAGGAACAUUAACCAGAAGGACCUCGCUGACAAACUGGAGAAAAGUACACCUGCCAUGAAGAGCCAACGUAAGCUAAAAUCUCAUCUGAAAAAUAAGUUUGAAUGUGUAUUGGAGGGAAUAGCUAAACAAGGAAACUCCAGACUUCUCAGUAAGAUCUAUACAGAGCUCUAUAUCACAGAGGGUAGAAGUGGAGGAGUCAAUCAUGAAAAUGAGAUGACACAGAUUGAGGCAGCAUCCAGGAGACCAGCAACACAUGAGACACCAAUAAAAUGCAAUGACAUCUUUCAGCCCUUACCCGGACAAGACAAAUCUAUCAGAACUGUGCUGACAACGGGAGUUGCUGGCAUUGGAAAAACAGUCUCUGUGCAGAAGUUCAUUCUGGACUGGGCUGAAGGGAAAGCAAAUCAGGAGCUUCAGUUCAUAUUUCCACUUUCUUUUCGGGAGAUGAAUUUGAUGAAGGAGAGAAACCACAGCUUGAUGGAACUUCUUCAUCGCUUUGUUAUGGAAACCAAAGAAUCAGGAAUCUCUAACUAUGACAAGUACAACGUUUUAUUUGUCCUUGAUGGUCUGGAUGAGUGUCGACUUCCUCUAGACUUCAAGAACAACAAGAUCUGUUUUGAUGUCACAGAGUCUACCUCAGUGGACGUGCUGCUGACAAAUCUCAUCAAGGGGAAUCUGUUUCCCUCUGCUUUCCUCUGGAUAACCUCCCGACCUGCAGCAGCCAAUCAGAUCCCUCCGGGGUGUGUUGACCAGGUGACAGAGGUACGAGGGUUCAAUGAUCCACAGAAGGAGGAGUACUUCAGGAAGAGAAUCACUGAUGAGAAUUUGGUCAGCAGAAUCAUCUCACAUAUCAAGAUAUCAAGGAGCAUCCACAUUAUGUGCCACAUACCCGUCUUCUGUUGGAUUUCUGCUACAGUUUUUGAGAACAUAAUGAAGACAGAAAAAAGAGUGAUGCCCAAGACUCUGACUGAGAUGUACAUGUACUUCCUCAUAUUUCAGUCCAAACAGACAAUGGUGAAGUUUGAAGGGAAAGAGCAGAUUGAUCAACACUGGGAUAAAGAGAGCAUUAUGUCCCUGGGAAAACUGGCUUUCCAACAGUUGGAGAAAGGCAAUCUGAUUUUCUAUGAGGAAGACCUGAAAGAAUGUGGUAUUGAUGUCAAAGAGGCAUCAGUGUACUCAGGACUGUGCACACAGAUCUUCAGAGAGGAGUGUGGGCUGUACCAGGAGAAGGUAUACUGCUUUGUUCAUCUGAGCAUUCAGGAGUUCAUGGCUGCUGUGUAUGUGUUCCUCUCAGUCAUCAACAACAACGUGAAUCUAAUGGCCAAACCGCAAUCAACCUCUGCCAAGCUGCGGACACUGUCUAUUGACAACCGUCUAAUCGACCUGGCAAGGAGUGCAGUGGAUAAGGCUUUAGAGAGUGAGAGUGGACACCUGGACCUGUUCCUCCGCUUCCUUCUGGGCCUCUCACUGAAGUCCAAUCAGACUCUCCUACGAGGCCUACUAACACAGACAAGUAGCAACUCACAGACCAAUGAAAUGAUUGUCAAGUACAUCAAGGCAAAGAUGAGGGACAAGCCCACCUCAGAGAGAUGCAUCAAUCUGUUCCACUGUCUGAAUGAGUUGAAUGACCAUUCUUUAGUGGAGGAGAUCCAAAGCUACCUGAGAUCAGGAAGUCUCUCAGAAGCCAGCCUCUCAUCUGCUCAUUGGUCAGCUCUGGUCUUUGUGUUGCUGACUUCAGAAGAGAAGCUGGAUGUGUUUGACCUGAAGAAAUACUCCAGAUCAGAGGAAGGUCUUGUUAGGCUGCUGCCAGUGGUCAAAGCCUCCAGAACAGUUCUGCUGAAUGGAUGUAACCUCACAGAGAGCUGCUGUGCUUCUCUGGCCUCGGCUCUCAGCUCAAACUCCUCCCAACUGAGAGAGCUGGACCUGAGUAACAAUGACUUGCAGGAUUCAGGAGUGAAGCUGCUGUCUGCUGGACUGGAGAGUCCACACUGUCAACUGGAGACACUGAGGCUGUCGGGCUGCCUGGUCACAAAGGAAGGCUGUGCUUCUCUGGCCUCAGCUCUGAAGUCAAACCCCUCCCAUCUAAGAGAGCUGGACCUAAGCUACAAUCACCCAGAAGACUCAGCUCUGAAGCUGUUCUCUGCAGGACUGGAGAAACUAAAUUUGGACAAUGGGGAAGCGCGCUGGUUACAACCAGGGCUUAAAAAAUAUGCCUGUGAACUCAAACUGGACCCAAACACAGCAGGCAGACAGCUCAUUCUGUCUGAGGACAACAGAAAAGUGACAUCGGUGGAGAGAUUUAAGGACCGGCCACAGGUGCUGUGUAGAGAGGGUCUGACUGGGCGUUGUUACUGGGAGGUAGAGUGGAGUGGGGAAAAAACUCGUUUGGCAGUGACCUAUAAAAGAAAAAGCUGUUUUGUUUCCAAUCUACUUGGAAGCAAUGACAUAUCUUGGGGUCUGGGAUGCUAUAGUGAUGGUUAUACUGCCUGGCACAAUGGUAAUCACACUACCAUACUGGCCCCUUACUCCAAUAGAGUUGGAGUGUAUCUGGACUAUCAGGCUGGUUCUCUUGCCUUCUAUAGCAUCUCCUCUGACACACUGACCCACCUGCACACAUUCCACACUACAUUCAAAGAGCCCCUCUAUCCAGGGUUUUUGGUUGAGGAGUCAGUGUCCCUUUGCCGAGUGAUUUUUAGCUCGAGCUGCUAGACCUUAUUGUUAGAAGCCUGGUCUCUAAAAUCGACUUUCUUAGCAACUGGACCUUCCAGGUAAAUCUGGCUAUUCAAAUCCAUCUUCCUUCUUCUUUGGUACAAAAUACAGUUUCCCAUCAAUAGAAGAAAAUGUUAUGUAGCAUAUUAUGUAUUCAAGUAGGCCUACAGAUAUUAUACAAUUAAAAAUAAUUAAACAUGAAGAAGGAAGUUAAGCGAUGUUGCCAUAGACCUAAUGUAUUGACCUUCAGGUUAUUGGUUAGGUUAGAUAAUAGUAGCCUAUAGACCUAAUAGAUAGGCCUACGAAUAUUGAAACAGCUCAGACAGUGUCUAAUGGUUUAAUACUAGGUAGGUCUAUCGAUUGAGCAUACAUGAAAGUGAUGUCAAUAUAUAGCCUAAUAAUCUAGCUAUUAUAUAAUUCAGUUAUUUUGCUUAGCUUGUUUUUAACAUUGCAAACUUUUUAAGCUAUUUAUAUUCAACUAUUAAGUUUUUGGUGGUCACAGAGAGACAUAUAAACAUCUUCAUUCUAUGUUUAGCGUAGAUGUUCUGUGUGUAAAGUGAAGCGAGAGGGCAAACGGUGAUCUAACGACGAAUUUAGCUGUUCUACGAGUUGUCUGAGGCAGGCGUUAGAUUACGAGCAAUUUCAAGUGCAAUGUUAAUAAAGACGGUUUUGGGAAACGCUCGGUAAUGUAAAUAUGGUUUUACGAACGUUCUAACGAUGAAUUUAGCCUUAAGAUGCUUUUGGGAAACCGGGCCCUAAUUGAAAAAACGUGUAUGUUUCUACGGUAUAUUACUAUAAACACUUAUGUUCCUAGUCAGUUUGAAUGCCUAUCACUAAACCCAAUUUACGGGGGUAGGGGUAUACCGCCACCCUCUGGUCACUCCAGGGAAUUUCAGGGUAUUGGUAAAUUACCUGAGCCUCGUUUCCCACUUGCGAUGUAGCCUAAUUUAAAACAAUACGAUGAUCGUACGCUACCAGCUUUCACUAAGUGUAUCGUUAGACAACCUGGUCUCAGUGUAUUUCGUAUUAUUCUCUAGAGCAAUUCAAUACACUCCAUUUAGUAUUAUUUUUUAUUUAACCUUUAUCUAACUAGGCAAGUCAGUUAAGAGCAAAUGCUUACUUACAAUGAUAGCCUACCCCAGCUAAACCCUAACCUGGAUGACGCUGGGCCCUAUGGGACUCCCAAUCACAGCCUGUUGUGAUACUGCCUGGAAUCAAACCAGGGUCUGUAGUGACACCUCUAGCACCGAGAUGCAGUGCCUUAGACUGCUGCGCCACUCGGGAGCCCAAAAUGAUAUGUUAUGUUUUGUAUGGUAUGUAUUAGUCCUAACUUGUGGAUUUCCAUCAUUCAUGUCGUAUGAUAUGUCAUGAUUUUGUAAAACGUAUGAUAUGUUACGAAUUUGUGCAACAUAUAUGUUACGAAUUUGUCAAAUGUAUGAUAUGCUACGAAUUUGUAAAAUGUAUGAUAUGUUGCAAAUUGGUAAAAUGAUUUUAUUUGUUUAUUUCCUGUGUUACGUCUAGUCUAUGAGACCAGGCUGCGUUAGACUGUAGAUAUUGAUAGGAUCGAAAAGAAAAGCAGCGCUGCUCAAGGAUCAGCUUUCUCCAUUAAAAUCUUACCUUAACAUUACAAAUUAUACAACAAUACUGACCACAGAUAAGUUCCUAGUGAGAUAUUACCUAUGGCUGCAAAUAUUGAAGGUGCUUAUUAUGCUUACCCAAUAAUAGAGCUAAUACAUCACAGAUUGGGCACAUGUUGUCACACAUCAUGAAACAUAUUGCGGCAAAAAUGACAGACAGUCGCCCAGUGUUAAAAAUAUAACUUGAUAUGAUUUCAAGGCUCAAUUAUCCUAUUUACAUUUUAAUGCAGGCAUCUCGGUUUUAAUUUGAAGCAUUGUGUUAUCUUUCACUUGUUUGCAGUGGCAACGCGUCAUUCACCUGUUUAGCUUUAAAAAAUAAAAACGUUUGUUGUUGUUGCCUGUUUUGCAUGUUAUUUUGGCAUUAAUGCGUGUCACAUAUCCGUUUGCAAACAAUGUAAAAUAAAUAAAAUAAUUGAGUUAAUGAA